GCUGCUGCUUGUGUCCAUCGGCAGCGUUGGGUUGGGCAGAAGUACAAACUAGCUACGAUGGCGUGGGAUAAAGGGAUUCAGCCCAAUGGCACCGAGGGCAGGAACUUCUACAUCCCCAUGUCCAACCGGACCGGGAUUGUUAGGAGCCCUUUUGAAUACCAGCAGUACUAUUUGGCGGAUCCCAUAAUGUUCAAGCUCUUAGCUUUCUACAUGUUCUUCCUCAUCUGCACCGGGACCCCCAUCAACGCUCUGACUUUGUUCGUGACCGCUCGGCACAAGAGGCUCCGACAGCCCCUCAACUACAUCCUGGUCAACCUGGCUGUGGCCGGACUCAUCAUGUGCGCGUUUGGGUUCACCAUCACCAUCACGUCUGCGCUGAAUGGCUACUUCAUCCUGGGAGCCACAGCCUGUGCCGUGGAGGGCUUCAUGGCCACACUCGGGGGUGAAGUCGCUCUCUGGUCUCUGGUGGUCCUGGCCAUCGAGCGAUACAUUGUGGUCUGCAAACCCAUGGGAAGCUUCAAGUUCAGCGGGACUCACGCAGGAGCUGGCGUCCUCUUCACCUGGAUCAUGGCUCUGGCCUGUGCUGCGCCUCCACUCUUUGGUUGGUCCAGGUACCUCCCUGAGGGCAUGCAGUGCUCCUGUGGACCCGACUACUACACUUUAGCUGAAGGCUUCAACAACGAAUCAUACGUCAUCUACAUGUUUGUUGUCCACUUCUUCACUCCAGUCUUCAUCAUUUUCUUUGCUUACGGUAGCCUCGUGCUCACAGUCAAAGCUGCGGCCGCGAAGCAGCAGGAGUCAGAGUCCACCCAGAAGGCCCAGAGGGAGGUGACCAAUAUGUGCGUGUUGAUGGUGCUCGGCUUCCUAAUAGCCUGGACGCCGUACGCCACGUUCAGCGGCUGGAUAUUCAUGAACAAAGGGGCUUCCUUCACGGCCAUGACCGCCGCCAUCCCUGCCUUCUUCGCAAAGAGCUCCGCGCUUUACAACCCCAUCAUUUACGUGCUGAUGAACAAACAGUUCCGUAACUGCAUGCUGAGCACCGUGGGCAUGGGAGGCAUGGUGGAGGACGAGAGUUCAGUUUCUGCCAGCAAAACUGAAGUGUCCUCUGUCGCCUAAAUACAAAGACGUUCUCAUGUAUGAACAUUUUUCUGCUUUCUUUCUGAUACGGACUAAUCUCUUAAGUGAACUGGAUGACCUUCUGGACUUUUGCUCCUGGAUCAAAGACCAUUCAUCAUAAUUGUUUGUCAUGUUGAUGUCUGUCAGCACAGGAUUGUGUGUGCGCUCUUUGACUUCACCUGUCUGAGACGUAAACAACAAGUGUGCAACUCAAAUCUCUGUUUGUCAAAUACUGGAAAUGGUCAUCGUGAAUUGUACACAUUGUAUAUAAAAGUAGUAUAUAAAUAAAGGCAUGCAUU